UGUAAACAAAGCGCAAUUAUUUGAAACAUGGCUGACAGGUGAAGAUCAGCUGGGUUCGGAACUUAAUGAUGCACUUUCAGUUUAUAUAACGAUGAUGUUACGUUGUCUGUGUAGUCAAGAAAUGAAUAUCGUAAUGGUGACACUUCGAUAAACCGGGUUACUGUACAUUAUAAUCCAGAAAUGGAUAAGGAAGCACCAGAGUACCUGUCGGCUGAGGAGCUUCGAAAUCGGCUGUAUCACAGCCUCCGUGAUCGAGGUUUGGUCGAUAAUAUCAAGAGUCAGCUCCGGAACAGUAUUGUCACAGAGCUACAGCAGACAGCACGAGGACAGGGUCAGUUGACACUUAGGGACCUACGAGUCCCAGAGGAGGGAUCUCUACUUCACCGUGCCUCAAACAGCCUAAUUGCAGACCACCUACGCCGCUGUCAGUAUGAAUACUCACUCAGUGUCUUCCUCCCGGAAAGUGGCAUCAGUAGAGAUAAGGUGUUUGGAACACACGAUCUUCUGCAGCUCCUGGGGAUCAGCUCUCAGUCUCGACUCUACCGGAAGAUGGCCUCACCUCAAGGGGAACAUCACAAAAAAGGAUUCUUGUGGCAACUGCUUAGUGAAAUUGCAAGUCUCCAUACCAAUGCUGUCCAGGACUUUGGCACCCAGACUGACCUCAUCAAGGUCGGACCCAUCACUUCCCUGGAUGAAAAGCUGGUAGGAGUUGAUGACCUUUACUCCUCCAAAAGAGAUGACCACUAUAAGUUUGGAGUGACGGCAGUGGAGGACAGAUUGCUGUCUUUUCAGCGGCAGUUAGAGGAACGUUACAGAUCUGAUCUUCAGCUUGAGCUUGCACGGAUGAAGGAAAAUGAGAUUGCCCGGAUCCGUAUCGAGGAGAAAGAGAAUAGUCGUCGUGAGAUGGACCAACUACGACGUGAGAUGGAGAGAACCUACCAGAAUAAAACAGAAUCCAUGACAACAAGAGAGCGUAACUCUAUAGAGAGAAUGCAGAGAGAACAGGAGAUGCAUGAGAAGGAGAUAUACACCCAACGUCAGACCAUACUUGAGGAAAUUGAACAGCUGCGAAGGCGGGAGGCCGACGUCAAACGCCAGGCUGACAUCAACGACAGGGAGAAACAACUGAUGGUAGAUCGACUACGAGAUAAGGAUUCUAACCUCAAGCAUCGAGAACAUCUAGUCAGUAGACAGGAGACCGAGUACGAACAGAAACUAGCCAAUGAAAUGACAAAAUUCAAGGUAGAAGAACAAGCAAAGUUUAUGGCGAGGACACAGAACCUGGAAAUCAGGGAGGCCAAACUGAGAGAGGAUGAACGGCGUGUAGGGGAGGAUAAGGAUCACCUUCAGGGACUCAAAGACACGCUCAAGGACAGAGAGGUCCGCAUCAACGAACUUGAGACAAAGAUUCAAGAAGAAAAACAUAAAGAAGUUUCAGCAUCAAGACAAAAUGAACUUCUUCAUGGCAGGUUACGAGAUAUGGCUGAUUACAAGGUGCUACAGGAAAGUAACGCUGUGAUGAAGAGUGAGCUGGAGACUCUGAGAACGAGGCUUGCAGAGUUGUUGCAAAUGAAUGAACGUGAAAGAGGAAGACAAGAGGAGAUGAUGAGAGAGCUGAGACGACCGUCCCCGGAGAGCCUCAUGUUACAGCGGGAUCUGGAGAAGGCCAAGGAGGCGUUACGCCAGGAAACCACGCUCUCCAGCGCCCAGACAUCACAGCUGGAGAAACGUCUACAGGAGGAGAUGGACCGGAACCGUGACCUUCUUCGGAGGUUUGAGGACCAGACGUCUCAUUUGAAGGAAAUGAACCGUGAAGUGGUUGACCUCAGGUCACAGCUGUCUGUCACUCAUCAAGCCCUCACCAACGAAGUAUACAGGAAGCCUGUGCGCCCUGGUGGUGAUAGCCGUGGCGGAUCGCUCCACACUUCCAGACAAGUACCAGACAGUACGGAGGGAGGUAAUGAACUUCAGAAAAUCUCAACGGAGUUCUCCCCCAGACUUGAUAUCUCGAGUCCGCGGCGGGCGUUGUCACGACGACCCCGGUUUGAGGACAAUGACGUGUAUAAUGACAUUGAUGUAGAGUUUGGUUUACUGCCCUCUAAUGUCGGAAAGGUGUAUACAGAUCUAUCGGAAGAAGACCUAGAUAAUGGGUCUCUGGGAUCGGCCGACAUUGUAGCUGAGGCUAAAUAUAGACUCCGUAGCCUGGAGAAGGAAGCUCUGAACCUUGAGAAGGUGUACAGAGAUUUCCAGUACCAGAUGAUAAAUCCUGUGGCUGACACGGAACCAAGUCGAACCCCUAGGGGGAGCCAGCAGGCCGACCCUCAGGACAGUAGACCCAGCCAGAAGAAGGUGAAGAUAGUUGCAUCCCCUGGAGAAAGCCCGAUUCACCGCCCUAUGUCCUCCACUCCGUAUCAGCAGGCUAGCCGUGGAGCCUCACAGCUUGUAGACAGCCUACACGAGCUAACAGGAUCCCGUGAUAGAGACCACCCUCCCCCGAGGUUUGACAUUUCUAAUAUGUCUGAUGAUGGUGAACACCAUCCAGAUGAGAGGAUAGAGAAUCCUCGACCAAUCACUGUGUCUGACCUUGAGGCUCGACCAGGGUCACCCAGCAUCAUGGUAGUUCCAGGAUCUGGUGCAUCUAGUGAGGACAACACACCGGCUGUCAGGGAGAUGGACCUGAGAAAAACAAGCCCUCUACGACCUAUAGGUGGUCUGAAACUAGCCCCCAUCAGCCAGGAGUCCCCAGCCACCCCCAGUAGACCCCCGCCCGGGAGCAAGCUUGCCCCUGUGUCACUGGAUGAUGCCUGGAAGGCCCCUACUUUAGAGGAUGCCUGGAAGUCUGAAACAGCUAAGAAAGAAGUAGAAAGUGGGGACGAGGACAAAUGGGAAGAGGAGAGAAAGAAAAAGGAGGCGGAGAGAAAAAAGAAAGAAGAAGCAGCAAGGGAACGAGAGCAGAGAGAAUUGGAAAGACUUCAGGGAAAGAGAGGGUCAGACGACUUUGAAGAUGACCCUACUUCUGACCCAGGCCAAAAGGAAGAAAAGAAGGGUGAUGAUGACGACGGGAUUGACCCCACCAUGAAGCAGUACAUGGCUAUGGUGGCUCAGCAGAAAGAAAAAGAGAAGGAGCUGGCCAAAAACACGGUGGACACCUGGUCCAAGGGGAGACAACUUUCACAUGCAGACACACCGACCCAGUCGGAGCAGGACCUAUCUGCAGCUGAUGCUCACAGUAAUGAUGGCUCGGAGGCUGAUUUUCAGUGGUAGCUACUGUAUCAAGCAGACUGACUGACCAUGUCACAGUUUAGCACUCCAUCAUGUCAGCUUGGCAUUGUUGAUACAGAACCAUUCCUUGAAAAUAUUGUAACUACAUGUGUCCUAGUAUAACUCAAAAACCCAAUUGGACAACGUUAGGAGAUGCAUUGAUUUAUCCCAAAAACUUUUUUUUAGGUGCUUUUGCAGGUGAACCUUGUGUUAAUUAAGCCAAAUGUAACAAUUCUGUGGCUAUUAUUUUUUCAAAUUUAUUUCAAUAGAUAUGAGUGUGGGGUCUGAGGGGUAAAGACAUAUGUGAGGAUGGGUGUGAAUGUGUUUGUGUCAGGUCUGAGGAUUCAAAGACAUGUAUUUGUGUUUGGGUGAAUGUUUGUGAGGGAGGGUGUUCUAGAGAGUGUGUAGUCUGAGGCAGGGUAUGUUAUAGAGAGUGUGUGGUCUGAGGAAGGGUGUGUGUUAAAGAGUGUGUGGUCUUAGGAAGGGUGUGUGCUAGAGUGUGUGUGGUCUGAGGAAGGGUGUGUGUGGUCUGAGGAAGGGUGUGUGUGGUCUGAGGAAGCGUGUGUGCUAGAGAAUGUGUGAUCUGAGGAAGGGUGUGUGUUAAAGAGUGUGUGGUCUGAAGAAGGGUAUGUUCUAGAGAGGGUGUGGUCUGAGGAAGGGUGUGUGCUAGAGUGUGUGUGGUCUGAGGAAGGGUGUGUGUGGUCUGAGGAAGGGUGUGUGUAGUCUGAGGAAGAGUGUGUGUGGUCUGAGGAAGGGUGUGUGCUAGAGUGUGUGGUCUGAGGAAGGGUGUGUGCUAGAGAGAGUGUGUGGUCUGAGGAAGGGUGUGCAUGGUCUGAGGAAGGGUGUGUGUGGUCUGAGGAAGGGGGUGUGCUAGAGAGAGUGUGUGGGCGAGUAAACAUGACAGCUGAGAUAACUUUGUGAUCAUUACAGUAUUUAAACAGGACCAAGAGAGCAUUAGCUAGAUGUGGAGAUUUUGUUAUAAUUAUGUGUUUAGUAAACAUGAAAAUUAUGAAUUAUGCUAAUUUCAAACUUGAUUUUGUUUAUUAAUUGAUAAAGUUUGUUUUUGCUGUUUGCUGAGUACCAUAACUAAGUAAUGUGUUGUGUCUGUCUGAGAAAGGUUAGAUCUGAUAUAGAGGAGUGGUCGCAGAGACAAGGUAUAGGAUUUUUUUUAUUAUUUUUGUGAAUUAGUAUAAAGAUAAUUAGAACAUCCCUAUUUCAGCAAGUUAUCUAAUAUGUAUCUUACAAUUUCAAUAUUUAAAUUGUAAAAAAAUGUUUAUAAUAUUUAUUUCAUAAAAUAAAAUCUGAUAAUCUG